UUUCAUCUUUCAAGGGUCGAACGAAACAAGGGUCAAUUGAAAAAUAGUGUGAAUUUUGCACUUUAAAGUCUUGUUUAGUUUUAAAUUAUGUAACGCAUUAUAAAAUGUAAAUAAAAUGGCAAAUAAGUGCAACGUAUUACAUUUGUUUUACAUUACAACGUGGUAGUGACAACGUAUAGAUAGAUAUUGGUGACAAAUAUUAUUCAUGAACACGAUGGUUUCGACUUUACAACUACAAGACAAAUAUACCAAGAUUCGCAAAAACUUCUGUUUUUAUUUGGAUAUACAAGAACCAGCUAUAUCCCGAUCUAUAUCUCGAAGACUGCAAGACAUGGGCCUACGUGAAGAAGUGUUCCUCACGUCGCGCGUGACGCACGUGGUCGCGGACGAGCGGCCGGCGGCGGUAUGGCGUGAGAGCCGCGCCCGCGCCGAUGCCAUGCUCGAGAGACUGCGCGCGCACUCGCCAAAGCCCGCGCAACACAACUACGUGCAGCUCACUGUACAAAAGGCUAUAAGUCUAUUGGAUAAACUGUAUGACACAUUCAUCACGCCGCGUAAAGCGCAGGUCAACUUCUUCAGUAAACAUUUUAUCAAGAUUGAAUUUUUGGACAAACCGUGCCGACCUGUGUAUAAGGAAUUUGACGAGUGGCCCCAGAUCUCAUUAGAACCAGACCCCCCGAAGGAGAAGAAAGAGAAAAAGGAGUCGCCGGAGAAUCUCGUCGCAAUUCCUUCGAACAAUAAUAUCGGUCACAAAAUGACAAGGAAGAGUCGACCUCGUAUAAAAGAAAAAGAAAUAAAAGAAGAGAAGGGUGGUUAUUGUGAAAUGUGCAAUGUUGACUACCCAGACGCUACCUCACAUCGGCGGACACCACAUCAUCUCGCGUUCGUCAGAAAUCACGCCAACUUUUUGGCCCUAGACUCUCUUAUAACUUCAGGCGCAGAUGUCAACACCUUCCUUGAUAAAGCUACUCCGGUGAACGGUGAAAGACGUUCACUUCGCAAAUUGUGCAAUGGUGACUCAGAGCCAAAAAACAGACGCUCCAAAAGAUCUCAAUCGCCAGACGCCAUCAACGGCAACAUAAGCCCGAGACGAAAUGGCGGUCUCGAUGAGGAGAAGAAACACAACACCAGAUGCAGCAAGAGGACGAGUGAGUCCACGCAAUCAGAGGACCGUCAGUAUUAUAAAGUAGUCGGUGUCAGUACGAAGCUACGCUCGAGUGGUGGUUUCACCAAGAAGAAGGAAUUGCCUGUAUGCAACGGAACGAAGCCACUCGUGGUGAAGUUUAGGAAAGUGCGGCGUUCAGAACUGUCGGUUUUGAGCGAUGAGGCUGAGCAAUUCAUGUUCCCAAAACGCGCCAGUUCCACAAGUUCCACGUCUUCUGAUGAUGAUGAUGCGAUAAUAAACACCAAGACGAGGAAAAAGGCAUCGCCGCAGCUCCCACCACCCACAGCAGAACGGCAGAGGUUAGCGAGGCCGGUAGCGUUGAAAGAAGAAUCAUCAGAAGAAGAUAGCUGGCCGGAAGAAGAUAAGAGGAGAAGGAAGCGACGAGCACCGCCAGUGGUGAAAAGGGCUAAGAGAGGGUGUGGUAGACCGGCGCGGUUACAGCCACCGAGUAAACCGCCUGAGCCCGAGGAACCGCCCCCAGAACCUGAACCAGAAGUCAGCCCGCUCCGAGAAGAAGCUUCCGAGAAGUGUAUGAAAUGGGAAGACGGAAAGUUGAAAUACACACCGGCAGUAGAACAAUUGGAGUUUGCUUUUGAAUCUGUGCCACAUAGCGAGCCUUGGUUUGAGACGUUCAAGCGUCAGGAUCAAGACAAGGUUGUUGCUAAGAAUGUUCCUCAGUAUUUUGCGCUUUACUCAAAGUCACCAAAGUUACCAUACGAAAUUGGUCAGUUACCACCUCUGAAGCCAAAUUGUUGUCCCUUAAGUGACCUCGUUCGCCGGGAGGAAAAACCGGGGCCGUCGCGUUCAUACGGCACUAGAGGAAUGAAGAAACAAAAAAUUAGAAAGCGGACAGCCGCCAUUUUAGCACUUGAGAGUCAUCCGAGGAAAUCUCCCAGAGAACAUGCUUCUACUCUAGCUAUUUUAGGCUCAGCUGGCCUCCUACAUCGACGGAAACACGUUGAUGACUCUAAAUCGACAGCAUCCGAAGAGACAAUUAGUGAUACUCACUCCAAAGUAGAACCAAUACUUACAGAAACUCAAGAGGCUUCGGAGAGAUUACAACAAUUUCUCUCAGAAGUGUUUGAAGACGCGUCAGAUUACGAUGUCUCGGAGGAUUUAAUGGACUGCGAUACGCCCGUUAUCACCUCCAAAGCCGUCCCCGAUGUGUCUAGUUUAGUCUCAGAAUGUGAAAAUUGCGAUCUGAUCCGGAACGAAAUAAAACAGGACACGGGCAAGACGAGAGACAGACGCGGCAAAUUUAAAAAGAAGAACCGAACGGGCUGGCCGACGAAGAGAAACAAGAAGAAAGGUUCCAGAAACAGCAGUACCGAGGGAGAAAAGGUCGACGGCAGUUUGGACAGAUCGUCGGCGGAACCAGACCUCGAAACGCUCAGUGAAAUCGACGAGAAUCAUUCAGAAGCUGAAAAUGAAAACACUCUCACAGAAGAGUCGAAAUCAAAAGAAAUACCCGUAGCUAAUAAAAAGUCGUCGGACCCUGAGGAGCUGGAGUUGGCAUGUCCGAUGGAUGUGGAAGAGAAAAAGUCUGAGAAUGUAGAUAAGAAUUUAAUAGAGAAUAAAUGUAACGAUCGGUCGUCGAAGGAGUCCGAGAAGCGGACGUCCUCCGAGGGCGAGGAAAAGGUCGAGUUUAAGAAGAAGAAGCGAGCAUUGCAGGGUUUAUGUGACUGGCUUCCAGUGGUGCGAGUGGCUCGGGUGGACCCCAACGCGGGGCGAAGGCUCCGCUCGGCGGGCAGGGCUCGCUCCAGCAAGUUCAGAUAGCGCCCGGCCCCCAACAGACUUAGUGGCUAAAUAGUCAGUGAUUAGGACAAUUGAAUUUCAGAUGUUAUCCAAGCACCGGUACAAAGUUGCAGACAGUUUGUAGGUCCGUUUAUGUGUAGUCUAUUCCAUACCAUAUAUAAACAUGCAUUGGUGUCCAUUUUAUUUGCUACCGACUGUUACAAAUAGUUGUUCAAUACUUUGAUGUGAAUACUUCUUUCCCUUUGAUAUUGUGGUAUUGAUUAGUACCACAAGACAAUAUUAUCUUAAUGUUAUAGAUUCAACUUGCCGUGUAUGAUAGACAUUCUCAAUAAAUAUCCAAUUGUUACUUGUGUUGUUAAAUAGAUUACAACUUAUAUCAAAAGGAUGGUAUCUUCAAAAACCGAUUAGCAUUUUCUGUAUGAAUCAACUUGGUGUGUAAUAAUUAUACCUAAAGGCAUAAAUCGAUAACACGCAAUUUAUAUAUAAAUAGUUAAAUUUAUGAUGCUCUCUGCAUGCAUUCUCUCAAUAUAGUCUGUCUGAAACAUCUGAAAAAAUCCUACUAAUAACUUAUUAAAUACAUAUUUAUUUUGUAUGUUUAUGAACUGGAGCUAUAUUAUUUUAUUGUUAAUUUAGUAUGAAAGUUUCAGUAUUUAUGUCUCGAGGCUCAGUGUGGCCAUUGUAAAUAUAUGUGUAAUAUAUUUAGAAAUUUUGUUAUCUGUUUAGUAUAAAUGUUGUGGUUGUAUGAAGAGUGUCUCAAGAUGGCGAGCUUACUCUGUACAUAAAUGUUUUCGUAUGCUUAAAGUAUGUUGCUUUUCUUUAAAUGAAAUUUGUUUACUGUCAGUUCAUCAGUAACAUUGUAUAAAUAAAAUAAUUAC